AUGAAUGAUUUAAAUGAAUGGUCGGCUGCAGCUGAUGACUUUACAAAGGUAAUGAAUAGUAAAGGUCUAUUUGCUCAGUUUAGUUGUGAUAUGUUGGAUAUGACAAUUCCAAAUGUAGAGAAAUCACUUAGAGUAUUAGAUGUUGCCUGUGGAGCAGGAUCUCUAACAAUUCAAGCAGCAGAAAGAGUUUCUCAACAUCAUGGAACUGUUGUAGCUGUAGAUAUACUCCAAACCAUGUUAGACAGACUCAGUGCUAACCUUGCUACUCAAAACCUUCAGAAUGUGGAGCUGCACUGUUUGAAUGGAGAGGACAUGUAUUCUUUGGAACCAGAGUCAUUUGAUUUUGCCUAUUCAUCAUUUGGAGUAAAUAUCUUUAAAGACAGACAAAAAGGAAUAUCAGAAAUGUACAGACUUCUAAAACCUGGGGGAAUAGCAUCGAUCUCAACUGUUGAUAGAGAUUGGGUCGAGUAUGAAAUGGUUAGAGAUGCAUUCGAAGAGUUGGGAGAAAAGAGAGAUAUUCCAGAUGAAAUUCUCAGCAAACAAACAACCCUUGAUGAUAAGGAGUUAAUGGAUCUCUAUAUAAAUGCAGGAUUCAAAUCUGUGGAAAUUCAUAGAUCUACGAGAGUGGAAAUGAUGAAUCUUGACACCCUAAUUGAUUUCUUUAAAAGCCCAAUAUUUGCAGCGUUAGCAGAAGCAAUUCCAGAAUCAAAACGCCAUCUAAUCCUACCAACCAUCAAGAAACAACUACUGGAAAAAUAUAAAUGUGAUAUCGUUCCAUUUGAAGGUACUUGUGUAAUCUCAAUUGGUACCAAAGGAAAUCAUCAGUAA